AUGGCAUCACCACCAAAGCCUUGGGAGCGCGCUGGCGCUACUACAACUUCGUCAGCCCCGACCGCCGCUUCGAUUGCAACCCCGACCCCGACUACAUCCCUCUCGGCCAGCUCAGGUGUCCCAGACGUGCCCGAACGACCUGCUUCCCUCGCCUCGGCUGUGAACCAAAACGCCUCGGCCUACAGUCGAGCCGGCAUCGGGGCGACCGCUAGCCCUUACAAUAGCUACGGCAGUGCCUACUCCUCACCCUACGGAAGCCCUUACUCGAGACUCGGUUCCUACGGCGGCUACGGCGGCGGCAUGUACGGGGGUUAUGGUGGGUAUGGUGGCGGCGGCAUGUAUGGUGGCAUGUACGGCGGCGGGAUGGGCAUGGGCAUGCCUGGAAACCCCAACGACCCGAAUAGCUUGACGAACCGAUUCAACAAUAGCACUCAGACGACGUUCCAGAUGCUGGAAGGUAUCGUUGGAGCCUUUGGUGGCUUUGCUCAGAUGUUGGAGAGCACAUAUAUGGCUACGCAUUCGAGCUUUUUCGCUAUGGUCUCGGUAGCGGAGCAGUUCGGCAACCUUAGAGAUACUCUCGGUUCAAUCCUCGGCAUUUUCACCCUGAUGCGUUGGAUUCGUACCCUCAUCGCCAAGAUCACUGGCCGACCACCCCCAGCCGACGCGACGGCGCUUACACCAGCAGCUUUUGCCCGCUUUGAAGGUCGCCAGCCUGUCGGCCCCGAUGGUGCUCCUCUUGGCCCCCCCAAGGCUUCCCGUAAACCCCUCUUCUUCUUCCUGCUGGCUGCGUUCGGUCUCCCGUACCUGAUGCGCAAAAUGAUCAACUCUGUUGCUGCAUCUGCCGAGGAGGAGGAACGCCGCCGCAUGGCCUUGGCUGGCGAGCAGCAGGCUCUUGAUCCUUCUAAGCUCGACUACUGUCGCGUGCUGUACGACUUCACGCCACAGGCUGGCAAUGCCGUCAAGGACGUGGAUAUGGAAGUACGCAAAGGUGACCUCGUCGCCGUCCUCUCAAAGAGUGACCCUAUGGGUAAUCCUAGUGAGUGGUGGAGGUGCCGUGCUCGCGAUGGUCGCAUGGGUUACCUGCCCUCGACCUAUCUCGAGGUCAUCAAGCGUCCCGGUCAGCCUCUGGCUGCCAUUAAGGCUGCACCCAGCGUGCCGGCCGGGGAUGCCCCGGAAGUCAAGACCAAGAUUGGCGAUGUGGCUCCCGAGAGCUUCCAGAAGAAAUGUGGCUUAGCCUCAAACUUGAUUUCGGACGCCCAUAAACCCAAGAACCGUCUGGUGGCAGCUGUCAUAACUGCCGCAUUCAACGCGGUGUAUCCAAGAGCACCCAGGCUGCACCUUCAGCUCCCGUCCAAGUGGGUGCACGAGCCACCGAUGACGUUGUUGACUUACGUCUUUUUUGCAGUUCCCCCGGUUCCUCACAUACUGUGGCAGCACCAGACCCGCCAGGCCUCUCGUCCCAUUCAGCUUGCCUACUCCGUAAUUUUACGGAGGUCACAACCAACUUUCAAAGCUCUAGCUUUCCCCGCACCGUUCAAGAUGACGCUCUACUACACUCUCGUCUUCAUGCUGCUCAUGGCAGAGAUGGGGCUGUUCAUGCUCCUGAUCGUGCCCCUUCCUUUCGCCAUUAAGCGGAAGCUGUUUACCUUCAUCUCCGAGAGCCCUAUUGUCGCCAAAGUUCAGUACUGGAUGAAGAUCACCUUCGUCUUCAUCCUGAUCCUCUUUAUUGACAGUGUCAACCGCGUAUACCGUGUUCAGGUUGAGCUGGCCCUCGCUACCGAGAAGCAGAACAGCGGAGCCGCCGUCAUGGGCCACGAACGCCUCGAGGUGCAAGCCCGCAAGUUCUACUCCCAACGCAACAUGUACCUCUGCGGCUUCACCCUUUUCCUGUCUCUGAUCCUCAACCGCACUUACGUCAUGAUCCUCGAAGUCAUGCGCCUUGAGGACAAGGUUCGCGGCUACGAGGGCACUCAGGGCAGCGCUAAGCAGAGCGAGAAGCUCGCUGUCGCUGGUGACUCUGGCGAGAUUGGUCGUCUUAAGAGGGAGAUUGAAAAGAGAGACCGCGAUAUCGAGACGCUCAAGAAGCAGAGCGCUGGCCUGCACAAGAGCUACGACGAGCUUUCUGACCAGUACGCCCAGACGCAACCCAAGGGUGACAAGAAGGCCCAGUAA